UAAAAUUAUAACCUCAAAAGACUUGUAAAACCAAUUUUCAAUUUAAUAUAAAUUUAGGAUAAUUAAGAAUUCAAGAUGCAGUUGUUUGUGCGUGGUCAAAAUGUACGUGUUUUGGAUUGUCAAGGACAUGAGAAUAUUUCUCUAAUAAAGGUAAAUAAUAUGUAUGGUAUAUAUAAUAUUAAUACAAAUAUUGGUUUGGUAAUAUACACUGAAUUUGUAAACUUCAAGUUUUGAUUGUUAAGAAUGAUGGAAAAUAAUAUUUACUUAAAAUAUAAUAUACAGAAUAUUAUAUGUGAAUUACAAAGAAAUAUUUUUAUGAUAUAUAUUAUCUUAAGCUUUUCAAAGGCAACUCAGAUACAAAGUUCCAUUUAUCCUGAGUUAAUGGCAUUCUAUUACGCCAUUUUCUGAUUAUUUUUUUUAUGUACAAAUUUGUUUUUCCACCUUUGUUAUGUUCUGCCAAGAGGCCUUUUCUAGUUUAGGACCAUCCCCUUCAAUAAACUUCUGGAUUUUAAUACAUUUACAUACCUUGAUACCUUACAUUUAGAAACAAGCAGUUCUAAAAUUUUAUAUUCGUGUUGUUUUUUGUCCCCUUUAUUUUUUGGGGGGUUGAAUCACUACCUAUUUUUAAUUUUUAAAUGGCAACCUAUAUUAAACAAGUCCAUAAAUUGUGGUGCAUUAUUGACAUGGCAUGCUGCGUACUGCCAAAUAAAUGAUACUACACUACUCAUCUCCAUCCCAAACAUAAGGGUGGAAUAUUUCGUCAAUGUAUUGAAGGAAAUAAAAAAUUGAAACACUAAAAUUAAUUUUAACUAACACUCAUUUUAUUUAUGGACUUUUUAACAUGGGUUGCUAUUUGAAAAUCAAAAGUAGGUAGUUGUUUUAAAUGAGCCAUUUUUAAUAAAAAUUGCAAAACCAUGUUUUUCAAACAACUCAUUGGGUAAGAUAAGAUGAAAAAUAACAUACCAUAUUAUAAAAAGCGAUUAAUGUAUUUUACUAAGCAGUUUUAUUGGGAAUUGGUUGGCAUUAAAAACAUAACAGGGGUUCCAGACCCCUGGUUUACAGAAAAAAAUAUUUUUAAUUUAAUCAUGUUAUUAGAGCAAAUUAGCUUCUUUGGAAGAUAUUGAAGAAUCUUUGAUUUCAUUAUACUGUCAAGGUGAAGCAUUAAACAAUAAUCAAGUUAUUGGAGAAUUAAACAACUUUAAUAUUGACUUCAUUGUCCCAUUACUUGGAGGUAGCUUUUUAUAAUUUUUUUAAUGUUUUAUAUGUUCAACAUAAAAAUUAAUUGGAUUUUUAAAAUUAUUAUUUAUUUAGGUAAAGUCCACGGAUCUCUAGCUCGUGCAGGAAAAGUUAAGGGACAAACUCCAAAAGUUGAGAAAGUUGAAAAGAAAAAGAAAAAGAAAACUGGAAGAUCAAAGAGGCGAAUUCAGUACAAUAGACGUUUUGUAAAUGUCGUUCAAACUUUCGGACGUAGGAGAGGUCCUAAUGCUAACUCUUAAAAUGUUAUGCUUUUUAUAAAUCUAAAAUAAAGAAAAAAAUUGGUAUAAUAUUUU